GUCUUGACCAAAAUGUCAGCUUUCAUUUGUUUUUUGGUAGCGGUCGCAGCGAGCACUAGCCAUGUACUUGCUAUGGCUGACUUUUGCAUCCCUAUAUCCAUAGGACAAACUACUGCCUACCCAGUAACGCUGACAAAGACAGUCCUUACACCCGGACCUCUUGACUGGCAAGUUCAAAUUCCAGAAAUCCCUUACUGUCAUACAAUCGUCGGAGUCACAGCACAAGUAUGCGACAGCGAUACUCAGCCCGAAGCACACUUCGUUAACAUGAAACUGAUCCACGUGCACCGCGUGUAUGGGCUCACUCCUGCCUAUGUCCAGCCGAUAGUGUACUGUCAAAAUGUUGGAUCUUCCAAACUGAGCAACUUGGGAUCAUACUCGAGUCUAACUCCCAGCCCUGUAUUACAAUUACCAUCACCCUUAAAAUCAUACAGCCAAACAUAUUCUUCGCUUGCUUUCCCUAAUUCCCUUUUGAGUAAUUCUCUAUCUCUUUCAUCUCUUAGCGACUCUUCGAAGUCUCUCUUGAGUCAGUCCGUGUCGGAUCAAAGACUACCACUAGCAAAAGCUGUACCGCUUUCACUUUCAUCUGGUCUAAAUCGGUUUUCAGCUUCGAAACUGAGCCUGAGCCCUCAAUAUGGCAAUUCUGAUCUGUCCGAGUUAGAUCGACAACUUCACUUAAAUUCCCUAUUGGGUCAAUCUUCACAAUCAAGUUUGGGUUUAUCUGGACUUCCUAAAUUGAGUGUUACUCCACUUUCGGGUUCCCCACAGCCGGUUUACGGUCAGUCGAGUAGUCUAUAUUCAUUGUUGAAUCAAUCUCCUUCAUUAGCUUCCCAAUUGGAUGUUUCUUCUGUUUUAGAUAAUUCGAAAUCUGUAUUUCCGCGAGCUGGCGUUCCACCAUUUUUGAACCUGUCUCAAAGAUCUUUGUCUUCAUCACUGUAUAGUUUGUAAGCAAUUUUUUGUAACAAGUUGACUCUUGAACAGUUUUGGUUACAAUUGGCGAUUCUAGACUCCUUUGACUCCUUUGAAUUUUCCAUCUAAUCCAAUUUGUAUGUAUUUAAAAAUGCGCCAUACGUUUGGCACGUAUUAUAUUAUUUUUUUCUUUGGCAGCAUAUCUGGCAUUGUUCUGGCUAUUUCGUAUUGGAAUCAUGAGAUUCUUUGGCUAAAUCUUUUUCGAAGAUUUGAUUAAAAAUCGAAUUUUAAUUUCGUGAAUCUUAACUCAAAAAAUUAAAUUGUCUCUAAACAUA